AUGGGAAGUGUUUAUUUGCUGGCCCUGGUCGCUCUCGCCGUGGUGCUGGCCACUUGGGUGUGGACAGUGGCGAUGCAGCACCUGGUGUGGCGUCCCUACGCCGUCGCGAAGGCGUUCCGCCGGCAGGGUAUCCGCGGGCCGGCGUACCGGUUCUUCGUCGGUAACAACGAGGAGUCCAAGGCGAUGCGCGUGGCGACCGCCGACGAUGUGCUGGACCUCCGCUCCCACGACAUCAUCCGGCGGGUGUUGCCGCAGUACCAGGCGUGGAUGGCCGCGCACGGCAAGGUGUUCCUGUCGUGGGUUGGCUACAGGCCGGCGCUCUGCGUUGCGGACUACGACAUGGCGAAGCAGAUCCUGUCCAACAAGACCGGGCUCCACAGCAAGACGGACCCGGGACCCAACAUCAUGGCCUUGCUAGGCAAAGGGCUCGUCUUCACCGAGGGCGACGAGUGGGCGCGCCACCGCCGCGUCGUGCACCCGGCCUUCACCAUGGACAAGCUCAAGAUGAUGAGCAAGACAAUGGAGGAGUGUGCGGCGAAGGUGAUCCGGGAGUGGGAGGCGCGCGCCAUGGCGGCGGGCGGAGUGGCGCAGGUGGAGGUCGGCCAACAGUUUGUGGAGCUGACCGCCAACGUGAUCUCGCACACGGCGUUCGGGAGCAGCUACAAGGAGGGGAGAGAGGUGUUCGAGGCGCAGCGGGAGCUCCAGUACAUCGCCUUCUCCACCAUCAACAAGGUCCACGUCCCGGGCCUCGAGUACGUCCCGACCAACACCAACGUGCGGCGGUGGCAGCUGAAUAGGAAGGUACGCAGCACGCUCAUGGCGAUCAUCGACGAACGGCAGGCCGCCGCCAAAGAUGCCAAGGGCUAUGGCAACGACCUGCUCGGCCUGAUGCUUGAGGCCAACGCCGGCAAAGAGGGACAGAGAGCCAUCAUGAGCAUGGAUGACAUCGUUGCGGAGUGCAAGACCUUCUUCUUCGCCGGGCACGACACCACGUCGCACCUCCUCACCUGGGCUAUCUUCCUCCUCGGGACGCACCCCGAGUGGCAGCGGAAGCUGAGGGAGGAGGUGCUCCGGGAGUGCGGUGGCGUGGGAGCACCAUUGCACGGCGACGCCCUGAACAAGCUCAAGCUCGCGACGAUGGUCCUGUACGAGACACUGAGGUUGUACGGCGCCGUGACCAUGCUGACGCGGACAGCGACAACGGACAUGGAGCUCGGCGGCAUGAAGAUCCCCAAGGGCACGUCGACGAUGAUACCGAUAGCGAUCAUGCACCGCGACGAGGAGGUGUGGGGCGCCGACGCCGGCGAGUUCAACCCAGAUCGGUUCCGGGACGGCGUGGGCAGGGCGGCCAAGCACCCGAGCGCGAUGCUUGCCUUCUCCGUCGGCCCGCGGGCGUGCAUCGGGCAAGACUUCGCGAUGCUAGAGGCCAAGGCGACACUCGCCACGAUCCUCCGGCGGUUCGAGUUCGAGGUCGCGCCGGAGUACGUGCACGCACCGGCCGACUUCCUGACGCUCCAGCCCAAGUGCGGGCUCCCCGUCCUGCUCAAGCUCUUAUAG